AUGACAGAAGUUAGAAUACUACCAGGAAAAAUUCCCAGCCUAAGUCUCUGCAUCUAUAUUAAUCAUCAUUUAGUUGAAGCCUAUCGCUCAAAGUCUGGAGAAUCUCAUAAUCCACCUGGCCUUUACAAACUUGUUUUCUCUGUUCGCAGGAGCGAUGUCUUCCUGGAACCGUAUCUGCAGCAGCAUGGAACCGUUCAGGUUGUCAGCUCGCCGAGCACGCCUCCGCCAAAUCCGCUGCAGCAUCAUCAGCUUACGCAGCUACAUCAUGUACAGAGCGAGGAGUCGCUUUCCUCGGAGGGGUCGGCCACCUCUGGUGGAUCUUCCAGUUCGACGGAAGAUUCUGGCAGCGAGGUCGCGUGCGACAUCACUCUGAUCGAGAGGCUUAUACGCUCCCAUCCGAUCUGGUUCCUUCCUGGCAUCCAAAGAGCCGGCGCUUUCCACUUGUUGCAAGGCAAAGAGGAAGGGAACUUCGUGGUCCGACAGUCGAGUCAGAGCGACACGAUGGCCCUGUCCGUGCGGCUGCCACCAGGAAAGGGACCGUACAUCGAGCACUACCUGAUCCAAGCCAACAAGGGGAAGCUGAGCUUGGAGACCAGCGAGAACAGGUUCGACAACAUCCCCUCGCUGAUCGCCCACUAUUCUCAGUGCUGUGACGAAUUACCGGUCCAAUUGACACUGCCAAGGGCGAUGCGCGAGGCCAAGAAUAGACAGCAGCUCUCCUCCUUGGCACUUCUGGGUCAGGAAUUCUGGAGAUACCCGAUGGCGAACCCGAAGCCACCGGAGAGCAGCAGCAGCAACACGUCUAGCUUGAGCAGUUUCCGGGGUGGUAACAAUAACUUGAAUAACAACAAUAACAAUAUUCAUACGCCGACGACGGAGAGUAUCGUGCUGAAUUUGGCGCCCAUUUCGUCACACGAUACACGAAGCUCGUCGCCUACAGCCGCCGUGACAACGACGACGUUCGCCUCGUCGUUGCCUCGACAGCCUCGGCCAACGCCACCGAACACCCUCAACCUGACAACCUUCAACGAGCCUCUGGACCUAAAGAAGGAGAAGAUCUCGCCAGGCGACAAACUGUCCCAGAAGCUGAUCUCGCCUAACCUGGUGCAGAGCGUCCGUUGUCCCUCCCCCGUGGUGCACAAUGUGGAAAGCAACGUACUGAGUCCUGUCCACGACACCAAAGUGAGCUUCGAGUCGAAGACCACGGCUGAGACGUCGAAAUCGACGGUGGUAGAGCUGUCCAGGACCAGAUUCUCCUCCGUCAGCACCUCCAUGACAAACUUCCAUCAGAACGUGUCGACGUUCAAUAAUCUCUCCUGCACCACGUCACCUGUGCUGCCAGAGAUCAGGAAUAUCAUAGCUGAGAAUCAUACUCUGGGGCAGAACGUGAAGACACCACCUCCACCGCCUCCCAGGUGGGCCAAGCCAGGCCUGGGACAGAAUCAGAACAACUUCACCGUCACUACCACUGUCACGUUCAAUGUGAACCACACGAAUGACGUCAGUAGUUCACAGAACACCCCAUCAGACCCCAACACCUCUCUACUGAGCCCCCAGAGUGCCACAUCGAACAAGUCUCUAACGUCGAACUUCUCCGUGAAGUCUCCCUUGUCGCCGACGACUCCAGUGCUCUCUCCGAUGUCGAAGCUAGUCCCGAACACGGGUGCCAAGACACCCAACGUCCUCUCACCGACCACGCCAUCCAGCACGAGCAAGUCAAAACGGAGGCGAGACAGAGAAGCCCGGAAAAACUCGCAGCACUAUCAGGAAUCAGACAUCCUGGAGUCGUACUAUCGGAGCUCGCCAGGGGACAAAAUCUCCGACUACGAGGACAUAUGGAACACGACCGACCAGUCGAACCAUUCCACCUGGUCGCCGAACGACAAGCUCGCGCGGAAUGACGUACCGGCGAACCCUCAGGACCGGUUGAGGAACUCGAACGACCGGCUGAUGGUCCCGGAUAGAGUUGUGAAUCCAGCCGAGAGGAAUUUCAACGAGCGACUGGCGACGAACGAGCAGCUGAUCGUGAGGAACGACAGGAUGAUCGUCAGAAACGAUAAGUCGAUUGGGAACGAGAAGUUGAGUUACAAAGAGAUGACCAGCCCGGAGUUUAGCAGCUUCAAGCCUGUCCAGGAGGCGAAACCUGUGGAGCAUCAUAACAACGGAUCGCCGGAGGAAACGGGAAUGGGGAGGAGACCUGACCUGUUGUCCCGAGUUUGCAGCGCAAAUUCCUUGAACAGCCCCAGCACAGUGACACCUCCCAGGAACAAGCUAGGCUUGAUGCUGGCCAAAUCAGAGAGCAACAGUCCCCUGACACCGGAGUCGAAGCAGGGUAGUCCCUUCUACGCGGAACCGGCGGAUGCCAUAGCGCAGAACGCAGCAAUAAUACCAAGAAGACGACCUAGGAACAAUCCAGCAACGAACAAGUACCGGCACAGCGAGCCAGGAUGGCUGCAGACACCCGUAGGUGCAAAUUCUAACCAGCUGCAUCCAAUCGACUGGGAAGAGACAGAGGAAACGGAAGACAAGACGCCUCUGAUCUCUUCCUCUGUGGAUAACCUGGCCAAGAGGCUCGGCACCAAAGAAACAAAGAAGAUCCCGCGUGCCAAGCCUGUGCAACCUCCAAAGAUCAGGACUAAGGUGUUCAAUGACACUUCCUGGGCUGUGGAUUCUAGCUGGGAAUUUAUCGGCAACGAGGGGGACGACUGCGAGCCGGACUACGACUGUGAUGCGGAUUACGAGGGCGACAACGUGGCCAGAAAGUUUCCGGACGAGGAGUGCGACAGGGACGUUGUUGGGAACACUUUGACCGUUCAGAGUAUCAUCCUCCAACGGUACCCAGAGCUGUUGAAACCGCCGGACACGUCGGAGUCGCUGUACAGCGACAGGAACUCCUCGUACGACAACGUCGAGAAGAGGAACGAGAGGGAGGAAGCUGGAGACAGCAGGAAGGACCAAACCUAUGACUCUUCCGAGUGGGAAACGCCAUUGGAGACGGACGAGAGUGACGUAGAGAGAAUGAAGAGGAACAAGAGCUUCAAGGAGCGUCUGGACCCUCUUCUCUCUCCUCCGAGACUACAAGCCCUGAGGAACCGUGAAAAUGGAGGCUCAGGAUCCACCAUAAGGUCGUAUGCCCUUCAGUUAGCAGCAGACAAGACGACCACCUUCUCUCAGAACAUCGACAACUUCAUCCAAUGCACGAAAGAAGGAAAAGAGGCCAGUCCACACGUGGUAAUGAGGAACAUGCGACAAUUCAUGUCCGGAAUGAAGAACUACUUGGUGAAACACGGCGAGAGGGAGUUCGAGAAGGAGGUGGAGAAGGAGAGGCUGAAACUAAAGGCGAAUGAGUUUUUGAACCUCGACGCGAUUCUGGAGGGCGUGAUGAUGGGACUGGUGGUCAGGCCGCUCAGGGAACACGUUUACAGACUGUUUGUGGACCAUUACGCGACUACUGGCUCGUUGCAGACCCUCGCCGAGAGCAUUCAGCACGCCCAGGGGAAACACGUUCAGGAUCUCGGAGUUCGACCAAAGAUCAUACCCCCAUCGGAGUCCAGUUUAGAGCGGAUCCUCAAGUACAUCGACCGCCUUCAGAAGGCGGAUUCGCCGUUGGAUAAGUUGGAGAAUCUACUGGCUGCCAUUUCAGCGAUUUUCAACUCCGUUAAGCACUCAAACUCUGGCAGACACGUGACGCUGGGCGCCGACGACCUUCUUCCUCUUCUAGUUUGGGUGUUGGUUCGUGGCAAGGUUGUAGACGCUGAAGUGGAGGCUGAAUAUAUGUGGGGCCUGCUUCAUCCCUCUCUUCUCACUGGCGAAGGGGGUUACUAUCUAACGACCUUGUCUAGCGCAGUUCACGUUUUGAAGACGUUCAAGUCCAGCCAGGGAACGAUGUCCACUUUAAACGGCUGUGGAACACCAGACUGUUCAUCCGUACUACGAAUCUUAGUACCAGAUGAACUGCAUGGAUCCCUGAACACUAGAACGUUGCCUGUGCGACCAAAUAUGAAUACUAGAGAGAUCUGUCGCAUCCUUGCACAUAAAAUCAGAUGCACCAACCCCCAGGACUAUGGAUUAUUCAAGCUGGUUCAAGGGGAAGAAACCUUACUCGGUGACCACGAGUGUCCACAAGAGCUCUCUCACUGCCUUUUCGCUUACAAGCGGAUCGACGCGAAGAUAGCCUGGCCCAAAACCAGUUCUUAAUAGGCCUCGCGAUCAGGGGCUGCUUAGGGUAAACGAUAUCGGUUUCGUGGUGAUGAAACUAACGAGUUUGAAGCACCUGUCUCUUAUUGUUAGUUUCGUUGCUAGCGUAUUUACCUUUCGAUCGUCUAAUUCAUCGCACUUUUACACGUAGGUUCGAAUGGAAUACCGAAUUCUUCAAUCUCGAGCACAAAGACCUUUUGGUAAUUAGCUCUUAAAGUAUAUUUGAACACUGCCAGGUAUAAAAAGCUUUCGAAUAAUUAAAAUGAAGAAUUUCAUUGAAAGCGACCAAAGUUUAAUUUAAGGAAAACAAAAGAUUAUGAAAUUUUGUAUCUUUAUUCGUAAA